UAGACGGUUUUGGCAGAUAGAAAGAGUUAAUAAUCAAUAACAAAGCAUAUUAUAAUUUGCUCCUUUUUCACCCUUUCAACCAUCUCACCAGUCCUUUGUCAGAACCACCAUAACCGCCGCAAUCAAUGGGUAGAGCCGCCCUCAUAACAACGGCGGUAGUCUUCUUAGCCGUCGGAGUAAUUUUCUCUCCAGAAACAUUCGGAUCGAAAUCAACCGCUCUUUCCACUUACCUCAAACUAGCUCACCUCCUCGGUUUCUCCAUCGCUUUCGGCGCUGCUCUAUGGGUAACCUUCAUCGGCGGGAUCAUCAUGUUCAAGAAUUUGCCUAGGCAUCAAUUUGGUAAUCUUCAGAGCAAGAUGUUUCCGGCUUAUUUCUCGAUGGUUGGUGUUUGUAUCUCCGUCGCAGUGGCUUCCUUUGGAUACCUUCACCCAUGGAAAAGUUCAUCUACUAGUGAGAAAUAUCAACUUGGAUUCUUGCUUUCAGCUCUUGCUUUCAAUCUUACUAAUUUGUUCGUCUUUACACCAAUGACAAUUGAGAUGAUGAAACAAAGGCAUAAAGUGGAGAGAGAGAAUAAGAUUGGAGAUGAAGUUGGGUGGUCAAAAAAUGUUGAAGUUGCAAAGAAAAACCCAAAGCUUGCAGCGAUGAAUAAGAAGUUUGGUAUGAUUCACGGAUUAUCUUCCCUUGCCAAUAUCUUGUCAUUCGGAAGCCUUGCAAUACACUCUUGGUACUUGGCUGGUAAACUUGAUCUCUGAUUCAGUUUUUGCCUCCCUUUCUAGUAGAAGAGAAACUUGUCCACACAAUGCAAUUUGUGAAAUGUAUUAGCAAAAACAUUAGACAGUAUUGGUUUACCAAGAGUAUCUUGUGUCUCGCUGUGAAAACCUAAUGUAUUGCCUUAAUUCACAUGAAUAAAAUAAUUAGUCAGUGUGCCUUUCUGCAGUUGAAGGUAACUUACAUUAUGGUAUAAAUUAUAUAAAGCACCAAUUUGUGA